UGGCAACUAGCUGAUAAACGUUACUUGAAUUUAAACUAAGUUUCACUGUAAAGCUAAACCAUGAAAACUGUGAAUAACACGAUAAGAUAACCGAGCUGAUCGUUUGCUGUACUGAUGACUGUUAAUUAGAGUAUUGGCAAGUCUUCAAUCUUCUUAAUCUAAUAUUACAUUGACAAAGGUAUAGAAAAGAAGUAAUCUGACUUGAAAAAAUCGUCAAGUGACGAGAUCAUGGGAUGCAGUGCAAGUAUAGUGGUGAAUGGGCAUGUUAUUAGUCCACCGUGUGGUAGCAAUGCACCGUUUGUACCAAUCCCGAUAAGUGAUUCCAAGAAAAAUAUUAUUGUACAAACAUGGAAGCUCGUCGAACCGGUGAAAGUUGCAGCCGGAAAAAAGCUAUUCUCCAGGUUGUUUGAAUUGAAUCCAAGCCUACAAGACACUUUCCCUGCAUUUAAAGGAAAAGAACUCAAAGAUGUAUUGAACUCCAGAUCUCUUUACUUACAUGCAAAACGUGUCAUGGGUGCAGUUGAGAAUGCUGUUUCAUCACUGAAUGAUUCGGAAGCUUUCACCAGUUAUUUAUCAAAUCUUGGCGCUCGACACAUUCCAUGGAAUAUGCAAAAAGAACACUUUAAUAUUGUCGGUGAAUGUUUGCUGUGGACUUUCCAAGACAUGUUAGGAACAGCAUGUACUACCGAAGUAGCUGAGGCCUGGGCAGAGUUGUAUGGAUAUAUUGUUCAGUCAAUGCUGGAUGGCAUGAAAUCAGGUCAGAAGCAUUGAUGUUCAGCGGUAUCGUCAGCUGCACGCAGGCCAWUARAUUAAAGCAUUAUUAUGUCAUCAUGGUGACAUCAUGUUAUUAGAAUUUACUGGUUGAUUGGUCGCUGAGUUCAAAUAAUGCGUGCAGYGUAUACUUGGAUAAGUCGAGUGGUUACCAAGACCAUCCUUGUACCUGGACUAUCCCGGUSGGCGUCGAUUUGUCCAGCCGUGCUUAGGGAAGGUUAAAAGGUCACAGUGAACAGUCUCUCAAAAAACAGUAUUCAGUGCUUUGAGUCAGAGAAAACGACGAAAUCUGUCGUCUUCAGCAGCGCUUGCCKAGAGGAACGCAGUCUAUUGCAGGUACGUGGUUGAUGCAAGAGGAACUCAAUCUUUCUGGAGUGAGCUGGAACUUCCUGCUUAAAAGCAAUGAUUAACUCCACUAUAUCUAGUUCUGUAAGUAGCAUCUCGAGGCAGGCUCCCUGUGGAUCGUGCUUUUUUUGCUACAGGAAACCCAACGUAAGAGAGAGUAAAAGGUUUCCUUUGGAAAAAGUUAGAACUAAAUACAUUCAUAAACAGGUAUAUUUACA